AUGCAGCAGGAGCUAGUCUAUGCAGCAUCGGAAAUCCAUAACGCAAGCUUCCAUGACGUGGACCAGAAUUUCUUGCGAAGACUUGAACGUUCUAUUCAACACAAUGGCGUGUCUGCGUUCUUCGCGAUUGACAGAAAUGGCACGAAGACGCCUGGUAGGUUUGGUCUGAUCGACGUGGACUUGGCUGCUGUUCUGCCACCUGCAUUGAGAGAUCUCAGAAAUCCACGUACAAUUGUGCUGGAGAGUCCCUCAUGCUUCGACAUCACGCACCUAGCCGGCAUGAAUGUGUUGGACGUCUUGAGUCACGUACAUCUUCACCCCCGAGAUUGCAGUCUCCAGUUUGAAGAACUGGAACAUAUUUACACUUGGGAAGGGCGCAGAGUCAGCGUGUCGGUUACCAGCUUGAUUCAUGGUCUCACGCAUCAAUUCAAUUCUGCUGACGCACUCCGUGCGAUGCGCAAUGGCAGAAACUGGCCACGAGAGGAGUACACAGUUGCCAAUGUCGUGGAGGUCUUAAACCAACAUCUACCGAAUAGCCCUUUGACGCUGAUACUGCGACAUUUGGUAGAUGCAGAGGUGACAGAUAUUGCAGCCAUCUGUCAGGCUAUCCGUGAUCUUGUCUGGACUCAUCCAGGCUGUUCUCAUCUAGCUUCUGUUGUCAGCAUGACGGAUGAUGAGAUCCUGGACAGAUGGGAGAGGAACCGACGCACGGCUGCUGCUCAGGGUACAUGGAUGCAUGCGUGCUGCGAGUGCUUGUUGAACGGUGGGAUGGUGUGCCUUGCCUCGGAGGAGAUGUGCAUGUUCACCAAGGUCAUACGAGGAUUACAAGCAGAAGGAUGGAUGAUAUUCAGAACAGAGUGGUGUGUUUACUGUGAAGCAGAGGAUGUUGCGGGCUCCAUUGAUGCAGUGGCCGUACGACAGAACGAGUAUUGCAUUCUGGACUGGAAAAGAACCAAGGCCCUUGCUUCCAAAGAUGCUGCGUAUGGACGCAUGAUGCACUUUCCCAUGAACGACGUUCCUGAUUCCGUCCUGUGGCACUAUCGGGUUCAAGUGAACAUCUACGCCUGGAUCCUACGAAGAUACUACGACAUCAACGUGACAGAACUCAGGAUAGUGUGCUUGCAUCCGGACAAUGCGCCGCAGCCACUCAUCGUGAACGUGCCAAUGAUGCAGGACAAGAUCGAAAAGCUAAUGAGCUGGAGAAGGGAUGAUAGACAGCUCCAGAUACACCUCUCCGCAGAGAGUGGAGAUUUACGUGGCGGGAGUCAAGAAGGCGAGCUAUCAUUCUCGCAGAUGUUGGAUCAAGAGAUGGACACUUAUGAAGACGUACUUCCAGAAGUACCCAGUGCAGACGAACGAUCUUCGAAGCGACACAAAGCCCAGGAAUCUGUGGAGGGAGCUACUCCGGAUAAUGCAAUGAGUCAGUUCAUGCGAACGGAUUUCGAUAUGUCAUCCAUCCCUGGUCAGUCCUCUGAGCGCGAAUCUGUUGAAGGGAGCAUCCUCAAGGAGAUCGGCGGACUCGAAAGGAUGAUUACAGCAUAUCGGCCCAGUGCGGCAUGGUCGACCGCCUUUCGUCACGUGGUUCAAGGGGCUCUAGCUGUCCAUCAACUUCGGCUUCUGGAUAUCAGCCGGCGAGAGGAAGUCCUGUUCCUCGAGCUCAUCGAAGGGUCCGGGAGACAUGUCCGUGCCCACAAUGGCCAAUGUUUUUUCUAUUCGGAACAUGGCCACUGGAAUGCUUACAAGGGUGUGGUUCCCCAAGGCACUCUUGCGCGAUGUAAGAAGUUUCUGAUCCAGUUGGAAGGCGUCUACGCGUUAUUCGAGUCAUCUGCCCUACGGAACAGUGAAGGCAUCCUGCAGGCGUCUCAAGCUUUGUUGGAAAGACACUCUGGUUGCUGCGAUAGCCUUCUGGCUGCCUGUGAAAGGGCUGCUACUUGUCGAAUGCCAUCCAAAGCAAACACUCGGGAUGAAGGCGAUGGGGCCGAGGACCAUCGCAAGGCCUUGCCUUGGACGGUGGCAAUGGCCAACACAAUCGGCAAGCUCUAUGUGAAGUUGCAAACCUCCUUGCUCAAUGAUAGUCUCAUCAAGUACUACAUUGCCUGGUGUUCUCUCGACAUUCAGCCCUCUGGUGGCUUUUGCACCACCGAUGCCUGUUUCACUUUCACGGAUGCUGGGUUGCAGGCAGUCCCCAAAGCAGCAGCCAACGACGUCUAUGUCUACCUUCCGCACAAAAUGCUGGAUCCGGUUGCGGAUGACGUGCGGCAAAGAGUGCACUUGUUCUGGCAGACGACCUACUGGGACAACGCGAAUGCAUUCGAGGUCUUCAUGGCCUCGUUCACUCUUGCUUUGCGUGGUGAGAACGUGGACCGUGCCUUCUGGGGUAUAGGCGCAGGUGGCGUGGGCCAAAGUCUCCAGACAGCGCAUUUGGAAGCCAUCCUCGGAGAAUACCACACUUGUCUCGACAUGAACAUAUACUUUGUGGACGAGGAGAUGCGGAAGCAAGCUGCCAACAUCGUCGGGAAAAUUGUCGUGACCGGGCAAGAAAGCGUGCAGGGCUCCCGACGUCCGAUGAGAGAAGACAUCUACAAGAAGCACAUUUCCGCCGACAAGGUGCCAGAGCGUCUGCCGUACGCCAUACACACGGAACUGGUGGAACUGCGUGGUUGGAAAAAAUUCGAGCUAAACACUGCUCCCAAGUUGCUCGACUGCAGAUUGAGGUAA